ACAUCACUAAAAAAAAUUUAAUUUAAAAAGUUAAUAAAACAACAUGGUGGACUCGGUGUGUGUUGUCAUUUUCAGGUCACGUAAAUAAUUGAGUGUUUAUUUGUGAAAAUAUUAUAUUAUAAUCCAAAAUGUCAUCGACGGAGCCUUCCCAGAACAAAACCUGGGAACUCUCCCUUUACGAGCUACAUCGUAUGCCUCAGGAAGUGAUAGUAGACGCCACUGAAAUCGCUGUGUCCCCCCGCAGUUUACACAGUGAAUUAAUGUGUCCUAUUUGUUUGGAUAUGUUGAAGAAGACGAUGACUACUAAGGAAUGCCUUCAUAGAUUCUGUUCUGACUGCAUCGUGACUGCUUUACGUUCGGGAAACAAGGAAUGUCCAACAUGCCGUAAAAAAUUAGUUUCGAAGCGUUCUUUGCGGCCAGACCCGAACUUUGAUUUGCUUAUAUCGAAAAUUUAUCCAAGUAGAGACGAGUAUGAAGCUCAUCAAGAACGAGUAUUGGCGAAACUGAGUAUGUCACAUUCUCAGGCGUCUUUAGUUAAUUCUAUCACAGAAGGUAUAAAACUGCAGUCACAAAAUAGACCGCAACGGUCUCGAAAAACCCAUGAUGACAAUAGUAAUGCUUCUAACUCAAAUGGACACACAGAUAGUGCCGCUCAAAAUGGCGGAAGCACAUCAGCUCCUAAAGAUACCACUCCCACAACUGGCAAUCCAACUGCCUCUGGGCAAUCAACAUCUAAUCCAGCAUCAGUGAGGAGUACUCCAUCCCCUGUCUUGUCUAAUGUGAGCUCUAUAUCUAAAAACACAAGUACCACAAAGAGGGCAAAAUCAAUAUUGACUUCUGAACGCAGUGAAGAAAGUGAAUCUAGUGAUGGCAGAACUGAAGGUGAGAAUUCUAUGGACACGGAAGGUGAAGGCGAACCUCUAAAUCCUAAUGAAAUAGAAUUGGUCUUUAAGCCCCACCCCACAGAGAUGACUGGUGAUAACCAACUCAUGAGGGCUCUCAGGGACAGCUCUGUGAGAUACUUGAAGACAACUGCUAAUGCAUCAGUUGACCAUCUAAGCAAAUACUUGGCGAUGCGUCUCACACUAGAUCUCGAUGCAGAACUGCCUGAAGCCUACCGUCUCCUUAACUUCUGCAUCUACGUUGCGCCAUCACCUGGCCAAUUUGUACCUCUCGCUGGUUCGCAGACUCUCAGGCAGAUUAAUGAUAAAUUCUGGAAGGUCAACAAGCCAUUAGAGAUGUACUAUUCAUGGAAAAAAACCUAGAAAUAAAUAUCAUUUUAGUUAUGUUGCUGCAUAACUAAAAUGAGAGUGCAGUGAUAAGAAAUAUAUUUAAAAUUUUAUAUCUGGGUGUAUCAAAAUUUUAACGAAUCGAGAAAUUGGACUCGAAUAUUAAUUAUACAAUAUUAUAUUCGAUGUAAUAAGUAAUUGACGAGGUGGCUAGUGAUAUUUGAAUUAUAUAGAAAAAAAAAGUGGCUCAUAGUCUCAUAAUGUUAUACAGAAGUGGCAAAUCGUACUGUUAUUUAUAAAUGUGAUUAAAAUACAAAAGGAUCUAUUUCAUUAAUAAUUCGUACAUGACCUAAGCUGUAAACGGUUUUUUAAUAUAAUGUAUUGAAUAAUAAUUAUCUGUAUAUAAUAAAUAUGUACAAUAAUG